CUCGGAGAAGCAUCAUUUGUGCCAAAGUGACUGUCCGGCCACGCAUUCACGAUUUCCAAUUUGCUUCGUAUUUCCUUUUCACCUUGGCUUCAUCCACCACCCUUCUUUGCAUUUUGCCACAUUCACUGCUUCGCCCUUUGCCACACUCCUACGGACGCCAGUUCUUGCCGCUUCCCAAGCACAGCAAAUCGUCACGCACAGCCGUCACGGGUCGAAUCUUGAAGUCUGAUCAGCCACGCCCAAUCUAAUCAGCCUUUUCUCCGUCUACCUGAGCGUCGCAUCAUGAACGGCUAUCAAGCACGCCCUCGACCAGGGCUAGGAUCCGGCGGGCCAGGCUCCAGCUCAUACGGACCGAGCGGAGGCUACAUGGGUGGACCACCACCAAUGCCUGGUCCUGGAAUGUACGGCCGACCACCUUCAGGUCCAGGUAUGGCCGCUGGGCCAUCUGGCGGCAUGGGCGGUCCGCCGCCUCACCUGACAGGUGCAAACUCCAUGGUCUUUGCAUCCGCCAUGAAUGCGCCAUCCAUGGAUAGUCAACCGCAUGGCAUCAACCCUGGAUGGGCCCAGAGAGCUCAGGAAAUUGGGAAUAGAGGAACAGAAGUCUCGACGACGCUCUAUGUGGGAAACAUCGCGCCUGGUGUGGGCGACGAGUGGGCGAGGAAGCUGUUGCUAGCUUGUGGACCGAUCACGUCGUUCAAACGUGUCAAUGCCAACUUUGGCUUUGUGACUUUUGCAGAUGCGGACGGAGUGUUGCGAGCGCUGGAGACGCUGAACGGCAUCGAGCUGCCGGCUAUGGGCGCAGGCGCAGGCACCGUCAAGGCGCUAGUGGUCAAAGCUCAAGACAAGACUCGAAAGUUCUUGGACGAGUUCGAAAAAGAUAGAGUGGUAGGGGAUGAGGAACGAGGAGCUACGAGCACAUCAGCCGAAACAAUCAAGGCGAUCUUGGAAGCUAUGAAGGAUCCCAAUGCGAUCGGAGGACAAGAAGAGUCGAUCAAUGCCAGCGUGCCUUCCCACUUGAAGGAUCUACCACCUGAAGAUCUGCCAGAGGAGCAUCGUGGCAGCGUGCUAAGCGAGAUCGAACAGUUCAGACAAGCUUCGGCUGCUAGACAAGAAGAAAAGAAGCGCAAAGAGAGGGUGAUGGAGCAGGAGAGGAGAAUGGCUCAAGCUCAAAGCAUGAGGGAGCAAACUCAUCAUCAUCCCAGCAACAAUUGGACGAGCACAGCUGCUGGAUCUCCGAACAACGCAAAUGGAGCUGGUCCGCUGGGCGUGGGCAAGGAUGGACCGCAGAGCUAUCAGAGACCUCUGGGCUUUGUAAAGAGUGAUGACCUGGAUCCGAUCGCGAGAGAUGACCAGGAAGAAGCGCGAAGGCUAGAACAGCAGCGUGAAACUACCAAGCGCGAAGGACUUGAGGCUGAGCGCAGAUAUGUGGCUGCUGAGAGGCGUCGCUUCGAGCACUGGGAGCGAGAGACCGAGAAGGAGAGACGAGCAAAUGAGGACAGAGUGUCGCGAGCUUCGGGCCUGCUAGCGAGGACAGAGUCGUGGGAUGUAGCCCGCGAGAUGGAGCGAGAAAUGUUCUUCUACGAUCGCUUGCGAUGGAGGUCUCACAGAUCGGCUGCACGAUCACGCGAGGAGGCGGCGGAUGCAGCUGAAGAGGCAGCUGAGGCGGCAGAGGCGGCAGCCAAGGUCGAAGCAGAUAGGUUGGCGGCCGAAAAGGCGGCUGCGGACGAAGCUGCAGCGCUGGAAGCCGCUAGAGCUGCUGGUGUUCUCGUGCCCUCUGGCGACGGAUCUCAUGCGCCUCUCCGACUCAAAGUGCAGGCCAACGCAGCUGGCGGCACAUCCAAGGAAGCGGAAGAUGAGCACGCGGCGCAUGCUGUGGCGAAUGCGUCUAGCGGACUCAAGCCGGUGUUGGGCGAAGCGGAAGAGGAAGAUCUGGGCCGACGCAGAUUGCGCAAGAUCGAAUUGGGCAGCACGCUCUCUGAUUCGGAGAAGGAAGCGCUGAGAGCGAAGCAUGCGCUACGAUUAGAGGCGGAGCUUGCCAGUCAAUCUAGCGAGGUCAUCUUGGCUACCGCUCCCAACUGGGACUGGGUGGACGAGGAAGUCAUCAAGAGCCGCUUUAGACCGCUCGUCGAGAGACUCAUGGUGGAGUAUGUGGGAGAGCAGGUCGAGGAACUGGAAGAUGCUGUGGUCAGCGCUACGAGGGAAAGAGCAAAACCGACAAAGAUCGUAGAGACGCUGGAGCCUGUGCUGGAUGACGAUGCUGCUGCGUUUGUGGAACGAUACUGGAGAGCUUUGCUCGUCGAUACUUUGGCGGCGGCUGCGAGCGCUGCUGAUGCAGCUGCUGGAGGCAGCGCUGUCAAUGGCAACUGAGCACGCACCCGCCUCAGUCACCUGUUUUGCCCUUCUGACAUCGCGAUCCGUCAAUGACGAGAUGCUCUGAUGCAAUCUGAAGCGUGAUCGCGUCGCACCAAAAAAGCAUGUUGUAAUUCAAAGCUUGAACUUGGCUUGGCAAUGGCUCCUUUAUGCGCAGCGAAACAUUGGUACUGCACAGGGUGCCGUGAAACUGCUGGGGGCCGCGUAUGGGUACGGCAAAAUAUGCGCCGAUGUCCGAAUGUUCCACGUACGCAUCUCCGACUACAUUCUGCCACUCGGAAAUUUAAGACUGC